CUCCUGGGCCAGUGCAAGACAUGGUGCUGUCUGAGCUGGCAGCGCGCCUCAACUGCGCUGAGUACAAGAACUGGGUGAAGGCGGGCCACUGCCUGCUGCUGCUGCGCGGCUGCCUGCAGGGCUUUGUCGCCCGCGAGGUGGUCGCCUUCCACCGCGGCCUGCUCGCCGCCGCCCCCAACCUGGGCCCCCGCGCCACCUGCCGCAGCGGCUCUCGGUGCAGCCCGCGCGCUCGCCAGUUUCAGCCUCAGUGUCAGGUAUGCGCAGAGUGGAAACAGGAGAUUUUGAAACACCACACCAACAGAGACGGAGACGUCCACUGGGGAAACUGCCGGCCGGGCCGCUGGCCCGUCGACGCGUGGGAGGUGGCCAAGGCCUUCAUGCCCCGAGGACUGGCAGACAAAACAGGCCCUGAGGAAUGUGAUGCCAUUGCCCUUUUAAGCCUCAUCAACUCCUGUGAUCACUUCAUGAUUGAUCGAAAGAAAGUCACAGAGGUGAUUAAGUGUCGUAAUGAGAUUAUGCAUUCUUCAGAGAUGAAAGUGUCUUCUCUGUGGCUUCGAGAUUUCCAGAUGAAGAUCCGAAAUUUUCUGAAUGAAUUCAAGAAUAUCCCAGAGAUUGUCACAGCCUACUCCAGAAUAGAACAGCUGUUGACAUCUGACUGGGCUGUUCACAUCCCCGCAGAAGAUCAGCGAGAUGGAUGUGAAUAUGAAACAGGAGUUUACCUGAGUGAGAGCCAAGUAAAUGAAAUAGAAAUGGAAUUACUAAAGGAGAAACUUCAAGAGAUCUAUCUUCAAGCCCAAGAACAAGAUGUGUUGCCUGAAGAGAUCUUAAAUCGACUGGAAGUGGUGAAAGAAUUUCUGAGAAACAACGAGGAUCUUAGAAAUGGUCUUACAGAAGAUAUGCAGAAGCUAGACAGCCUCCAUCUCCAGCAUCAAAAACCAGAUUCACAGGAACCUGGGGCACAGACACCUGCAGGCUGCCCUUUGACAAAAACCAAGCAUGUUAUGUGAACGUCAGCGCGGCUUCAAUCUCAGCCCUAAAGGAGAACCUUACCGGAGUACCCCACCCAAACAAAAAGGAAUUUUUGUUGUCUUUUCAUGGGCUUUCCUUUGACUCUUUGGGAAUAUUUUUUUAAUAUUCAUAAGCUUGGUGUUGUGUUAUCUGUAACUGACCAAAAAAUGUUAGAUACUGUUGUGCCAAAACUUGUUCUCACCCAGGGUUGGUUUUUUUUUUUCCCUUUCGUUUUGUUUUGGUUUAUUGGUUUGGGGGGAGGGUUUUUGCUAUUCUUUUCUGGUCCUAAACUUAAGCUGCUUAACACAGUAAAGGCUAUUUGGCCAGGCCUGUGCGAAGGGCCACAAAGAGUUCUCUGCCAGCUGGCACACAAGCCCUGUCCCCGCACCCCUUCCUGAAAGUCGUACUUACAAGGAUGCCCAAAGGGCGGGCUGUGCUGUAAAUGUUGAGAUGUAAAUCCUUCCUUUUUGGAAGAAGGCAAGAAAACAGAUUGCCCGAAAGGCCAUUUUCUAGCCAUUUACAAUUCAGUACAGAACUAUUGCUAUCCAUUUCUGGAAGCCCCGGGCACUAGGGCAGGGAGGUGUGCCCAGGCUGGUCGGUGGGGUGGGGACCGGAGAACACAGUGUGACUUGAUUGACCAAAGCAGGCAGAGGGCCAAGCCAGCAUCACAAACGGGAGUGCCGGGGAAAGCUUCAUAGUUGCUGGCCUGUUAUAGCACUCCUGGGAAAGUCAACCGCUGUGGCAGUCCACUCUUUUCACUCAUUUAUAUCGCAAGUGCACAGAGCCUAGCCCCCAUGAAUGUUAUUACCAUUAACGCUGACAGCUGAUAGUGUGGAGCCUGCUUGAAAUUCUCUCUUUCUACCCCUCCCUUGCUAGCGUUU